AUGAGUGACGAAAUAGUAUGGCAGGUAAUUAACCAACAGUUUUGCGCUUAUAAGGUCAAGACUGACAAGGGUCAAACAUUCUGUAGGAAUGAGUACAAUGUCACUGGGCUGUGCUCGAGACAGUCGUGCCCCUUGGCAAACUCCAAGUAUGCUACGGUGAAAAGUGAAAACGGGAGGCUGUAUCUAUAUAUAAGAACUGUUGAAAGGGCCCACACUCCAGCUAAAUGGUGGGAGAAGAUCAGACUGAGUAAGAAUUAUUCCAAGGCUUUGAAACAAAUAGAUGACCACCUGCUGUAUUGGAACAAAUUCUCUAUACAUAAAUGUAAGCAAAGGUUCACUAAACUGACACAAGUUGCCAUAACUGAGAGAAGACUGGCCAUGAGAGAAAUGGAAAGACAUUAUGUUGGUGUAGCUCCAAAGGUUAAGAGAAGAGAAGAAAACAGAGAAAGAAAAGCACUUGCUGCCGCCAAGAUUGAAAAGUCUAUCGAGAAGGAAUUACUUGAUAGAUUAAAGAGUGGUGCCUACGGUGACAAGCCUAUGAACGUCGAUGAGAAGAUCUGGAAGAAAGUCAUGGGUCAUCUUAAGGAUGAAAACGACCAAGAAGAAGAAGAAGAUUGGGAAUCUGAAGAAGAGGAGGAAUCGGAUGAAGGUGAGGUGGAAUAUGUCGAAGAUGAUGGGGAAGCUGAAUUCGUGGAUAUGGAAGAUCUAGAGCAAUGGUUAGGAGAUGGAAAUGGUGAUCAUAGCGACAGCGAUGAUAGCGACGAAGAAAGCAGUGAUGAUGACGAAAACACUCCUAAAAGGAAAAAGGCGAAGCUAUCAAGACGUCCAAAGAUCGAAAUUGAAUAUGAAGAAGAAAGAGCACACCAAGAGCUUCCGCAAGAAGCUGCUCAUUGA